AUUCCUAGGGCCCGGCGCCGGGGCGGGGAGCCCUGGAAGAUUUAACCCAGGAGAGCCGCUGGUGGGAGGCGCGGGCUGGCGCCGGUGCGCGCGUAGGCCCUUUCCUGGCCCGCAGCCGCCACCUGCCCAGUGACCAUGAUAGUGUUUGUCAGGUUCAACUCCAGCCAUGGUUUCCCCGUGGAGGUCGAUUCUGACACCAGCAUCUUCCAGCUCAAGGAGGUGGUUGCUAAGCGACAGGGGGUUCCGACUGACCAGUUGCGUGUGAUUUUCGCAGGGAAGGAGCUGAGGAAUGACUGGACUGUGCAGAACUGUGACCUGGAUCAGCAGAGCAUCGUUCACAUUGUUCAGAGACCAUGGAGAAAAGGUCAAGAAAUGAAUGCAACUGGAGGCGACAACGCCAGAAACACGGUGGGAGGCUGUGAGCGGGAGCCCCAGAGCUUGACUCGGGUGGACCUCAGCAGCUCAGUCCUCCCAGGAGACUCUGUGGGACUGGCUGUCAUUCUGCACACUGACAGCAGGAAUGACUCACCACCAGCUGGCAGUCCAGCAGAUAGACCAAUCUACAACAGCUUUUAUGUGUAUUGCAAAGGCCCCUGUCAAAGAGUGCAGCCGGGAAAACUCAGGGUACAGUGCAGUACCUGCAGACAAGCAACGCUCACCUUGACCCAGGGUCCAUCGUGCUGGGAUGAUGUUUUAAUUCCAAACCGGAUGAGCGGUGAAUGCCAAUCCCCACACUGCCCUGGGACUACUGCAGAAUUUUUCUUUAAAUGUGGAGCACACCCCACCUCUGACAAGGAAACAUCAGUAGCUUUGCACCUGAUCGCAACAAAUAGUCGGAACAUCACUUGCAUUACGUGCACCGACGUCAGGAGCCCCGUCCUGGUUUUCCAGUGCAACUCCCGCCACGUGAUUUGCUUAGACUGUUUCCACUUAUACUGUGUGACAAGACUCAAUGAUCGGCAGUUUGUUCAUGACCCUCAACUGGGCUACUCCCUGCCUUGUGUGGGAACUGGAGACAUAGCGGUGCUUAGAGAAGCUCUGGGGGGAUUCGGGAGAGGAGUAGCUGGCUGUCCCAACUCCUUGAUUAAAGAGCUCCAUCACUUCAGGAUUCUGGGAGAAGAGCAGUACAACCGAUACCAGCAGUAUGGUGCAGAGGAGUGUGUCCUACAGAUGGGCGGCGUGUUAUGCCCCCGCCCUGGCUGUGGAGCGGGGCUGCUGCCGGCGCCUGACCAGAGGAAAGUCACCUGUGAAGGCGGCAACGGCCUGGGCUGUGGGUAUGGACAACGAAGAACAAAAUAAGCUGCCUCGGGGAGAAGUGAGUGUCUCAUUCAAUACAUCGUUCAAGGAAAAGUCAUUGGUAGCAAAGCUGUAGAAGAAUUAUAGAGUUCUAGAUGUGCAAAAAGCCCUAGACAUCAUUAACUCCAGUGAUUCUCGGUGUGGUUCACAGAUUUAUUGUAAGAUGCCUGUGAAUUCACCCAUGCUUAAUGUUUUUCCUUCAACUAUCAAGAUAGAAAAAGUACAACUCUUACUAUGUGGGUAUUCAAGAAAUGUUUGCUGUUACAAAAAAAAAAAGUGUGUAAAAAGUUGAAACCCAAAU